AUGUCCGGCGAAGGCAAGUUAGACGAACUCAUCUACAAGGCCCGUCAUUACAAACUCGAUAUACUGGCGGCAACAGAAGCCGACUUUUCGGGAAAGAGAACGCAGUAUCUGCAGGAUGGAUGGUCAUGUUUGCGGCCAGGGCACGCAGUAGAUUACGCCGUGCAGAUGUCGAGUCAAGCACAAGGUCGCCGGCACUUUUUGGCGUCUGAUCGAUUUGUGCUUUUGCGAAUACACAACGACGGUGACAACGACUGUCGGAACGCGGUGAGAAUCAAAAGCGAAAGUUUGUCGCCGUCGCCAUAUUCGGAUGGUGUGGCACCGCGUCCUCAUUCGCCUCGUUGUGGUCGUCGUUCUCUGACCCACCGAUCAUUGUUGUCAUCCUUCGCACCUUCUAUUCUUCUAGCUGCCCUGUUGUCGUGCUGUGAUUCAUCAGUCGUUCUUAAUCCCAACGGUCGUGGAGCGGCGUGGCGUGUGGCGUCCGAGGAGGAGGCAGAGGCGGAGGAAGAAGCUCAGGGAUCGAUCUCUGAAAUCAUAUGCUAUCUCAUUCUUGUGUCACGUCGCUGCACGCCACGCCUCGUCUCAGUCGAUGGCCGGCGUUCGGCAGCAGCUGCCAGAGCUUGGUAUAGUUCUACUUGA